AUGGAAGAUUCACUGGACAUGGACAUGAGCCUGCUGAAGCCUCAGGUCUACCUUUUUGGUUGUGAACUAAAGGAUGACAAAGAUUAUCAUUUCAAGGUAGAUAAUGAUGAAAAUGAGCACCAGUUAUCAUUAAGAAUGGCCAGUUUAGGGGCUGGGGCAAAAUAUGAACUGCACAUCAUUGAGGCAGAAACAGUGAAUUUUGAAGGCAAUCAAAUUAAAGUAACACUGGCAUCUUUGACAAUGUCUGUACAACUAACAGUUUCUCUUGGGGGCUUUAAAAUUAUACCACCUGUGGUCUUAACAUUGAACUGUGGUUCAGGACCUGUGCUUAUUAGUAGAGAGCACUUAGUAGUUGUGGGGGGAGAUGCAGAGUCAGAAGUUGAAGAGGAAGAGGAUGUAAAACUCUUAAGUAUGUCUGGAAAGUUAUCUGGACCUGAAGGGGUUAACAAUGUUCCACAGAAAAAAGUAAAACUUGCUGCUGAUGAAGAUGAGAAUGAGGAUGAAGAUGAAGGAGACCAUGAGGAUGAUUUUGAUGAAAAUGUAGCUGAAGAAAAAGCUCCAGCCAAAAAUGUACAAAUAUCAAACCAAAAUGGAAAAGAUGCAAAGCCCUCAACACCAAGAUCAAGAAGCCUUCAAUAG